GCGCUGUUUCCCCUGUUCUUUUGCAGCGUAGAUUUGCAGUGUGUUGUGUUGAAGCGACGAGGUCCAUUGUUUGUGUCAGAAACAUGGGGGAAGCCGAGCCCGUUCCUGCGGACGAGAAACAGGCCGACUCUGGGUUAAGUUCUACGGAUGAGUCGGUAAUAUGGAGCCAAGAGGUGGAAGUGUGUCUCUUUCACGCCAUGCUGGGUCAUAAACCUGUUGGUGUAAACCGUCACUUUCACAUGAUAUGUAUUCGGGACAAGUUCAGUCAAAAUAUUGGAAGACAGGUGUCGUCGAAAGUCAUCUGGGACCACCUUAGUACCAUGUAUGAUAUGCAAGCUUUGCAUGAAUCCGAAAUUUUGCCUUUUCCUAAUUCUGAAAAGACCUUUGUACUACCAGAAGAAAUCAUUCAAGAGGUGAAAGAAGGUAAACUGGGCUCUGAAGAUGAUGUGAAGGAAGAGUUUAAAGAGGAACGUGAUCCUCCUGCAACGCAUGAAGAAGGUCUGGGUCCCAGUAUGGCUGGCCAGGAUAUUGAGAGGCAGCAACUCCUCGGUGAAGAUGGCCGUGGAGAAGCCAAGCGUGCGGGACAAGGAGAGGGAGCGGGAACGGGAGCGGUCCGAGAGGGCCCAGGGUGAGGCCGCCCAGCCCAAGGAGGUGGUGGGGGAGAAGAGGAAGAGGAACCGGGCCACCGAGAAGGUGCUCAGCUCCAGCAACCCCUCCAGCCCCGGCGGGGCCAAGCGGCGGCGGACGUAGAGUCCCCUCAAAAAAGGAACGGUGCCCCGAGAUGGACGUAGCCCUGAAGCCACAGACAAAUGGCAGGUGUCCUGACACAGUUAUUUGGGGGUAGGGGGGCGGGGGGGUUGGCUUGCUGGAGCAACAAGAUUGAUCUGUCGGCUGUGAAAGAAGGACCGGAGAAUUGGAAAUGAUGUGUGGCCUGAACAUGUGUGUUGAGGUUCACGGAGAACUUACAUUCUAAAAAAUGUUCUUGAGGUCACAAAGGUGGCACACCGGUGACACCUGUAGAAAGACACACUGGUGCAGAGCAACAUGGUGUUGAACCUCACUGUGUUGGUCUCUGCUGGAAACACUUCAGUCUGUGUUUUGUCUUGAAAACAAAAAAAACUAUUGGUUCAUGUAGGGCAUCAUGUAGUUUCCAGUCAUGCCUACUAGUCAGGAGACGAUUAGUUGUUUUGUUUUGCUGUGUGUCGCCUUUAUGCUGUACGAAAGCUGCAAGAACUUGAAGGGAACAGGGUGGUGAAAUGUGUAGGCUAACUCUCCUCGCUCAAUGUAGAACAGAACGACACCACAAAGGGACUUUUGGACCUCAACCGGCACCAAUGUGUGCAGUUGGAUGAGCGCAAACAUUUCUGGGCUCAUGAGAUUAAAUCAAGCAUGUUUUUAUUUGGGCUUGGGCCAUUACACUUGCUAGCAGCAUCCAUCAUGAGGAGAGUCAAGAAGCGCACAUAUAAUCAGAAUAAAGUGUGGUGCUGUUGGUUGUGUACAUUGAUACUUUUUUUUUUCAGUUAUCAUUUCUGUGAUUUUUGAGAACUAUUGCUAUGCAGAGUGAGAACACACUCAAGCAGCUAACUGUUCCUCUGCUCAUCACAUUCUAACCAUUUUGUGUUUUUCUAAUACCAUUGGAAAGUGAAAUGUAUGAUUUCUCAAAACACUCUUCAGUUUGCGCUAAAUUUGAGCGUGAUUGACUACAGAGAGCUAGAUACAGAUUGCCAACACAGCUUGUGAGUCAAUGUAGUACAAAGAAAUAUGUUUUUAAAUGUAUAUUAAGUAUGUCUGCAUAUUCACCUGCCAGAAAGAGGGCCUAGCGGUGUGUUAAAAUGUAGAAUUGUGAUGUUUUUUUAUUUCUUUUAUUGCAGCUCUGUUUACUGUUUUUAAGUAUGAUUUGCCUUUUUAAUUUAUUCUGCCUGCCCAUUUUGUUAAAGGUUUAUGCCUUUAUUAAAUUUCACUUUGGAAUGGC